AUGCAGCACCCCAGACCAUUGAUAGCUCUUUUGGACGGCAGAGAUUGUUCAGUAGAAAUGCCAAUCUUAAAAGAUGUCGCCACAGUCGCAUUUUGUGAUGCCCAGUCUACACAAGAGAUACAUGAAAAGGUCUUGAAUGAAGCGUACGGGGCCAUGUUGUACCAUCAUAUUUCUCUGUCGCGAGAAGAUCUUAAGAAAUUCAAGGCACUUCGAGUCAUUGUUAGAUUAGGAACGGGCAUCGAUAAUGUGGAUGUCAAAGCGGCCGGUGAAUUAGGCAUAGCGGUUUGUAAUGUUCCUGGCUACGGAGUCGAAGAGGUGGCUGACUCGACGUUUUGUCUUAUCUUAAAUCUUUACAGACGUACGUACUGGUUGGCAAACAUGGUCAGGGAGGGGAAGAAAAUAGCCGGCCCUGAAGCCUUGAGGGAGGCUGCCACUGGGUCUGCCAGAAUUAGAGGGGAUACUCUUGGUUUAGUUGGUCUUGGUAAAGUUGGCACAGCUGUAGCAUUGAGGGCCAAGGUAUUUGGUUUCAAUGUUAUAUUCUAUGAUCCAUACAUUCCUGAUGGUAAUGAGAAAUCUUUAGGCAUUACAAGGGUGUAUACACUCCAGGAUCUCCUAUUUCAGAGUGACUGCGUAUCACUGCACUGUAACCUGAACGAGCACAACCACAACCUCAUCAACGAUUACACCAUGAAACAAAUGAGACCCGGUGCAUUCCUUGUGAACACUGCUCGAGGGAGAUUGGUUGAUGAGCAAGCUCUAGCCGUUGCUCUGAAGGAUGGGAGAAUUAGGGCAGCCGCACUCGAUGUCCACGAUGUUGAACCAUUCAAUUUGGCAACCAGUCCGCUAAAAGACUGUCCGAACGUCAUCUGCACUCCCCACUCUGCUUUCUUCAGCGAUCAAAGUAUCACUGAACUUCGAGAGAUGGCUGCUGGAGAGGUGAGGCGGGCAGUGGUCGGAAGGAUCCCCGAUGGCCUGAGGAACUGCGUUAACAAGGAGUACCUGGCAGGUGACAGUUAUGUUUUGAGAGGUAGCCAGAGUUAG